AUGGAGCGCCUCGUGAUAUUCGCGGCCCUCGUGUGUUAUCAAAUCGGCACCAACGCCGAUUCCUACAUGGACGCCUACAGGCAGAGCCAGAUCGAGAAACUGGACGCCGUCAUAGUCAAAGGCAACAGGAGCAUCAGCAGGGAGUUCAUCGAAAGCAACGACAUAUCGGACAGUUUCAACAACGGAAACUCGUAUGGAGCACCCCCGACGUACCAAUACGGGCCGGCCAAUCCAGUCUACGCGCCCCCUAGCCCUCCGGCUCAGUCGCAACCCCCGGCUUACGGGCCGCCGCCUCAACAGCAACCCCCGGCUUACGGGCCGCCGCCUCAGCCGCAACCUCCUGCUUACGGGCCGCCGUCCCCGCCGCCUCCGCCGCCCGUGUACGGCCCCCCGGUGGCGCUGCAGCCGAUCUACGGGGCCCCUUCGUCGGUGCAAGUGUUCUACGGCAUGCCGCACGCUUUGAGCUCGUUUUGGGAGAAGCUCAAGUUCAAGUUGGACUUGUUCACGGUGGGGAAGUUGCUGCUGAAGUUGGUGUUGUUCAAAAAGUUCGUCGGCUGGCUGGCGUUGAUUUGCUUGUUGUUCGUUGUGCCCACGUUGAAGAACAAAUUCCACGGGGAGGGACAGGAGAGGAGGUUCGGGGAUGGCCGAAAAUUAGAUGUAGAAGAAAUCAAUGAAUUGUCCAAUUUGGUGUAUAAAGCUCUGGAGAAUUUCACUUACGACAGUCAUAUGGACCGAAUUUACAAUCAAACGUUUAAUUCGAGGUAACGCUUAUAAGUUUUAUUAUUUAUUUAAUAAAAUAUUUAUUUAUUG